UGUCCAGUAUGGCGGCGAGUGCGAGGCGCGGCGCAUGCGCGGAGCGGCCGCUCGGUGACCGCGCGCCGCCAGUCCGGCACGCGACACGCACGGCGCCGCUCGUUGCCGCGCGACACUCCGCAACUAAACAUUGAAAUAAUCACUGUUUCUACGUAAUAGUGCGUGUAUCAGUGUCUUUACAAACGAAGUUGCCUGAGCUGUAAUACGAAAAAGGCGACAUAUUUAUGGUGCUGUCUCCUGAACCGGCUGAAACUUCGUGUGCAGGGUGCUGCGCGAGCGAUGGUAUGGUGUCACACAGGCGCGCGCGACGCCCGUGGCUCUGGCUGGCGGCCGCCGCGGUAGCACUGGUGCCGCUGCUGGCCACCGCCAUCGCCGCUGACGUCAUCUUUAGGGUGCCCGAAGUACUGGUGCGGCACGCGGCAGCGUCCAAGCCGGUGGGCACGGGGCGCGGCAACGGGUCCCGCGGCAACGAGUCGGAGCGCUGGGCGGGCGCCGGCGCCGACGACGCGCUGCUGGAGGUGCGCUACGAGGAGUACUUCGUGGAGCACGACGUGUCCACCGCCGCCGCGCGCCGCGCCGCCGCCGACCUUAACGUCGAAGACAUCCCCCCGACGCGGCCGGGCUGCGGGCCGUGCAGCGAGCGCGAGCACUCGUACUGCGAGACGCGCGUGCUGGCCGACCACUGCUGCUGCGAGCGCCGCUUCGUGCGCGAGCCCUUCCCCUGGCUGCCGCACACCUGCUACGUGGGCGCGCGCCGCUGUCGCCCGCUGGCGCACGACUGCGCGCAGUACGCGCGCCUGCGGGACUGCUGCUGCCAUCGCCGGCUGGCCGAGCGAUGGAAGAGCAUCCUGUCGGAGUCGAGUCGCGCGGGAGUGAGCGGACUGUGCCUGCUAGUGGUGGGUGCGCUGUUGGUGGUGGCGAGGCUGUGACGUCAGCUGGCGCCGCGCCCGGAGCCCGCCGCGCCCGCCUUGGUCUGACCGCGCGGCUGUGACGUCAGCUGGCGCCGCGCCCGGAGCCCGCCGCGCCCGCCUUGGUCUGACCGCGCGGCGUACAGUAAACAGCCUGUACCAGUGCCACCUCUUUCACUUUGAAGUUUAUAAAGGUGUAAAUACUUAUUUUGUUAGGCACUACCUAUACUGUACUGUCUACCUAUAUGUAAGUACUUAUAUGUAAAAUAUAAAGUAUUUACUUCAUUAUAAAAGUAUAAAUUAACAAGUAUGUAAGUAUCUAUUUUAAUAUGCUGCAAUGCAUAAUGUAAUGCUGUUCCGGCUGUUUCCACCAACCACCACUAAAACUGACUUAGCGCGACGUAGCACUUGAACUAACCCUUUACUUAUACUGUUUGUGUCAUCAAACCAAAAUAUCGUUAAAUGUCCCCUACCUUAGUUUAGGGGUUCCUUGGAAUUUAGAAGAGGUUGGUGAGAACCGACAUUGGUGUGCCUAGUAGCGUUGAUCGUAUGGGACCGGGUUAUACUGUACGGUACAAGUUACAACGUAACUUGUACCACCACCAUAACAAUUGUUGCGUUCAAGAGAGGGUCUCCAAACAUAAUAAUUACAAUUAACAACAGUUAUAAUCAUUUACAUAUAGGCACUGGGGAGCAAACAGUGUUAUUGACCCCCUUUUCUCAAAUAUUCACAAGAAAUGAAUACUUAUAAUACACUUCUAAUACAGUCUGGAUCGACAACAUUUAUUACUCUGUAUAAAUUGAAUGUACGGAACACUCCAACACAAUGAAUGUGCUAGAGAUAGAUUAUGUUGAUGUAAAUGUAUAGUUGUAGCAAAUUAACAGAGCUUCUCAUGUUUGUUUAUAACAAAAUAUUGUACAGUUAAUUGUAAUACCUAGUUACGUAGAUGUAAUUUUACAAAAAUAUUUAAUAUUUUUGACACAACAGAAAUCUCUGAUGUAAAUAGUUCGAUUACGUAUUGUGUAGUAUCUCAGUGUAUUAAUGUUUACAAUAGAAUAUGUAUCGCACAGUGCGGUUUGUAUGUGUCUCCAGCCCCGCUAGACGAAUGGCUACAACUCGUGUCCAAACAAAAUGUCCGUCAGUCCAUCACAUACAUUCAAAUAUGUACUGUAUUCCAUUCAACUGGUGUUUGGCUUGAUACCAUUUGUCUAGUGGAGUUGAACAACGAUUGCACCAGUACGAACGCUGUUGUAACUAGUUGAUUAAGUUAAUUUUAAUGAUUGUAUGUAUGUCCGUCGUGUGUUUACAAAGUUUUCAGAAAACAAAGUUAGCAGUAGUCGUGGCGACGAUUUAAAAUCGCGUUCUGGUCAGCGACUUGUACUGAAGUUACAUUAAAUGUAAGUAAUGACACGGCGACAGAGUUAGCUAACGAUGUAUGGAGAUGGAUCUGCAGGACAGGAACACUGAGUUGACGUCAACUAUGUCACACAAAUAAAUGUGUGGAGAUUAUAUUGUAUAGUCAACUUGGUUGAGUGAGGGUGCUAUCCUUAGUUAGAGCUGUACUGAAGUGAAGCCUGACCUCGGGGGACCCGCGGGUAGCGCAGCCACAGGCUCUGCGCUAGUUGUUAUUGUAUUCAAUGUUUAAUAUUUAUUUUCUCAUUAAUGUUAUGAAUGAAAGCCUAAAUUUAUUUGAGCUAGUGAGCUUUUGACCAUAUACAAUACAAUAAUUGUACCUAAUUUCUCUAGGAGGUAUGAAAUCAUUACGCUGUAGUGUGAGGAGUGUGGUGACAUGAGUUGUGUGAUAUACCUAUAUGUAUAGUUAGUUAGAGUUGUAUCUACAGACGUCUAAUGACAACAUGUAGAGGUACAUAAUUAUGUAAUUUUCUUAUUUUCUCGCAAUUUCAUUAUUCUAUUACAAGAUAUUUUACAGGCAAUGAGUUACUACGUUUGAUAUGUACCUAUAUAUGUAUCUAUAUGAGUAAAUCAUGUGAAAUUAAUCAUUUAAAAACUGAUGCGAAUGAAAUAAAAGUUACCAAAGCAUUCGUGUGUUUAUUUCCGAUCCAAGCGUGCCGUUUAUAUACACGGCACGCUUGGCACGCUCGGCACGCACGGCAAGCUAGUCGGCAUACAUGUACAUAUGCAUAUGCAUAUGUACAUGUAUGCCGACUAGCUUGUGCCCGCGGCUGCUCGCGUGGCCGUGGGGUAUAAAGGUGCGCCUGUUACAAAUUACAUCUCGAACUCGUCAGUCGUUUUGACGCCAGAGAGUAACACACACACACACACACAUACACACAUCCUCACAAACUUUCGCACUUUGACUAUAUCACUAGGAUCACUACUUACGGGCCGUCCAUAAAUUACGUCACACGUUAAGGGGGAGGGAGGGAUCCUA